AGGCAGUGCGGGAAGACAUGGUUGCUGAGCAGUGACGGGUCUUGUCGUUGUGUGAGAGUAAUGGUGAUUUAAUGAGAAAUACAGGCUUUAUAAACACAGAAUUCCGCAUAUAAUCGCUGUAUCUGAGUGAUACGAGAUCAGGGGAGAUAAUGCUGGUGUAGGUCUGGAGUUUAAAGGAGGAUUUGGAGGAGUUUUCUCUGAAACACUGCGCUCUGAAGUUAAGGGUCGUUCUUGCUAGUGGAGAAGAAUGGCCACUCUGGCAGCUAAACGCGAGGGUCCGCAGUUCAUCAGCGAGGUGGCCGUGAGGGGCAACGCGGCGGUGCUGGAGUACUGCAGGACCUCAGUGUCAGCCCUGUCCGGAGCCACUGCGGGCAUCCUGGGUCUCACAGGCCUGUACGGCUUCAUCUUCUACUUCCUGGCCUCCUUCCUCCUCUCGGUGCUCCUCAUCCUCAAAGCUGGUCGGCGGUGGAACAAGUGCUUCAAGUCACGGCGGCUGCUUUUUACUGGGGGCCUCGUCGGGGGGCUUUUCACCUAUGUGUUGUUCUGGACUUUUCUCUACGGCAUGGUGCAUGUGUACUGAUGAGGAGGGGUGUCUACAGUCUGGAGUGAUUGGGAGUCCACUGCUGUCCUGGGCUUGAUUAGAAGUAGUAGAAGUAGGGCUGUGGUCCCUACUCAUUUCAUAUGGUACCCCUGGUAUCCCGUAACCCCUCGCCAUACACAUUUUAAUGUUUUCUGUUCUCAGAUGCAUCACAUCCAACUAAUCGGCACCUCAACCACAACAUGUAGAGGACAGGGAUACUCCGGUGUUCUCUGUAUCCAGAACCAUAAUGUAGUAACUAAUUACUACCUGCUUUAUUGUUGCUGACACUCUUAAGCCUAUCUCUGGUUUUGCCAUCUUCCACUUUUUGGCAUGAUGUGAAUUUGGAAGUUGUUCUUUAUCAGUAGUAUUGAUUUCAUGAUGAAUGGACCAAUAGAAAUGCUUCAGAAUAUUCAUUAGAUUUUUACAUUUAACAGUAAUUUGACAGCAACAGUAUAGGUUUUGAAUGCAGGGCUGUGAACCAAUGUAGGUUUAAGUGUAAAUCACUAAGAAAGUAGAAAUUUGUGAAUAGAAAUUUGUGCAUAAACUAAGAACAAAAUGUCUUAGAAACCAAACAUUUGGUCAUCAUUUAUGCUUAAUUAAAGUGUUUGUUUCAUAUUGUUUCCUCUUGAUAUCCAGAAGUGAGCAGCUCGCUCUACCCAGCUCUGUAUCUUGUAUCUGAUUGCACUGAACUUUUCUAAAAUGUUGCCCAGGCCAGAACUAAGUCUCUUUUUAUCUGAUUAUUCCAACUUAACAUCAUAUGCUUUAAGAACUGUGAGGAUGUGGUCCGGUUGUUUAGAUCUGUUUGGUUCAGAGUGCACUGGCUGAGGAGAUGGAUAAAACUGUAUUUCCUCCUAAAUAUGAUAAUCAAAGGUCAUGUUUUUGUUCAGUGGAGGGAAAGGUAAAAACAAGCAAUGCACCCUAACACUUCCUAAAUGAUAGAAAUACUGUGUGUUUGAUUUAAUUAUUUAAAAAACCUUCUCAAUAAAUUAAUCCCUCACAACCAA